AUGCCUGAGCCAGAAGCGCAAAAUCCCACUCCUACCUCCACCGAGGGUGAUCCCCAGGGUAGCACUCAGAACUCCCUGGAUGAGACUCAGAACCCCCUCCAGCUCUCCGCAUGGCAGCUUGCCCGGCAAGCAGCAUCCGGCGGCUACUGGCCCCGCGAUCCCGACUACACUACGAUUGGUGAGCCAUUCACCGUCCCGGAGGCCCCGCGGGCGAUUCAGACAACCCUCCGGGGGACUGGGCACGGUAUAUAUGGCAGGCCCCUUUCAGAGUUGCUCCGGGAGCUUAUGGCUCGCGUCCGCUACUUUGCAGGAGGUAGACGCAAAGAUGAGCUCCUUGGCAACCAUCGGGUCAAUGUUGAAUCUGCGGCGGUGUUCUGUCUGGGGGAAAUCAGAGCCGGUGAACAUCAGUGUGUCAGCUGUCAGCAAGGCCUAGACCCCUGGGCGAAGUGCGUGCAACUCUCGGGGGGCGAAGGGUACCUAAGCGCCUGUGCAAACUGCAUUUGGAAUGGUCAACACGAGCGAUGCAGCUUGCGGCAGCAUGCACAGGGCGCCUCGACCACGGGGGGCCAAAGCCGGGGGCACCAACGCAACAAACGGUCGAUCAGUAAGAGGACGGCAUUUGAGGCAUGGGUGGACCACAAGGAUAAAACGGAUAUGGCGGAAGCGCUCACGGCCGAGAUCGCAGACGCCCACGCCACUCAGCAGUGGGCAGUGGUAGGCACCCUCGUCAAGCAGCAGCAGCAGCGCUGGUUCGACCGUAUGAAGCGCACCCGCGGGAUUCUCGACCAAUUCCACCAGGCUGAACCUCAACUCGCCGCGGCAACCGGAGGGGACCCAGUGAGGCAUGAUUGGUGGCGGUGUAUGUAA